UGCCUUUCCCAGAACUUACCCAAAAAAGGGCCUUGGGAAACCCUAAUUCCUGUCCUCUGUGUUAUAAUAAACCUAACCCACUCGUCUUCGUCCCCAUCUCACACUUCCCUUUCUCACAGCGCCCAAUCUCUCUUCCUCUCGCACUUUCCUCCUCGAUCGUUUCUUCGGUUCGUCGGAACCGUCUCUUCUCUAAUCGUUCUCUGGUUUAGAUCUCAUUCGUAGCAAAAGGAUUUCAAUUGUAAUAUCUUGAUUCGAUGUCGACUGCUUUGGAUAUGUCGCUUGAUGACAUGAUUAAGAACAGCAGGGGUAACCGUGAGAGAAAUAGAGAACAACGUGGUAGGGGUUCUCGUGGCCGUGGAGGACCACGUGGCUCCUUUAAUGCUGGAAGGAUGGCCGCCGGAAGAAUUCCAGCUGGAAGGAUGGCCAGUGGAAGAAUUCCAGCUGGAAGAAUGACAGGAGGAGUUCGUAGAGGUCCUCUCACGGUGAAUGCUCGGCCAUCCUCGUAUACCAUUGCCAAGUCUACCCGCAGAACCAAGCGUUUCCCAUGGCAGCCUGAUUUGUUUGAAGACAGCCUUAGAGCUGCAGGGAUAUCAGGGAUUGAGAUUGGCACAAAGUUAUAUGUUUCCAACUUGGACUAUGGAGUGACAAAUGAGGAUAUAAGGGAACUUUUCUCUGAGAUCGGAGAGCUGAAGCGAUAUGCAGUACAUUUUGACAAAAAUGGUCGCCCAAGUGGUUCAGCUGAAGUGGUUUAUACUAGAAGAAGUGAUGCAUUUGCAGCAUUGAAGCGGUAUAAUAAUGUUCUAUUGGACGGGAAGCCUAUGAAGAUUGAGAUUGUUGGUGCUAAUGCAGGGAUGCCUAUUUCAGCUCGUGUGAAUGUGACUGGCAUGCAUGGAAGGAAGAAAAGGACUGUUGUAAUGACGCCCGGACCUGGUAAUGCUGGUGGCUAUGCUAUGCCUAUGGUUAAUCGUGGUCCUAGUAGGAGCAGUCGUGGAGGGAACAGAAAUGGUCGCGGCAAACCGCGUGGGAAUGGCAGCGGCAGUGGUCGUGGACGCGGGCGUGGUCGUGGUGGAGAAGGGAGGAAGAAGCCUGUGGAGAAGUCGGUUGAUGAACUUGACAAGGAACUCGAUAGCUAUCACGCAGAUAACAUGCAGGGAUAUAGACUAAUUUCCGCUUGGAUGAUGUUCUCAAAUGCUUUUCAUCAUAGGCCAGCAAAUUUAGAGGAAACGAAGAUGUUGGGUUCAUUUGGAAGUUGUGUUGUUGAUCGCACCAAUCACCCAACUUUUCGUUUGCAUCUUAGACCCAGUUUUAUGAGCUACAUUAUGAAUUUACCCAAUGCGGGAAAUGCAUCUGCCGUUCCAAAGAGCUGUGGUAUGUCGUCGGAGGAAUUUCUUCCCGGUGCGGAUGGGUGUGGCCUGAUAACCGGUUUAAGGCGUGACGAAAGAGAUGAAUAUUACGAAUGGAGAAGAACGGGAGUAAAUAAAUAAUUGUUUUCGUCAAGUUAAUGGAGGGCAGAAAGUUGAAUGUAAAGAAAACCACUUAGUUUUGAUGACACUGGUUAGUGGUUGGCACACUAUUCUCCGCAAUUUGUCAAAGAACAAUACUUGGUUGCUCCUACUUAAAAUUUUUCAAAA